GUUUAUGGGAACUAAUCCGAGAUUUGUGCGAUCCCCUUCCUUCGGCUACUUUUCCGCAACCUAGUCGCGCCUCCUUCUCCACUUUGGAUCUCCCAGGCUGCUUCAGCUCGGGUCGGUCCAGGCCCAAACAUUAAGGUCGGCCCAUUACCAGCACACACUCCCAUGGGUACCUGAACGCCUCUUGGGCACGAGACUUGGGCCGCCUGUCAGGCAUAGGCUUCCCUUUGGAUACUCGAGAUUGCUAGCCGGACGCACGCCCACUAGUCUGCCUUGGAUGAGAUGAAAGAGGCAACCGAGGUCGAGAAGAAGGGGCUACGAGACGAGGUCGCCCGCCUCGCGAAGGAGCUAUUGGAGAAGAAGAGUCGCAGCUCCAACCUCGCGAGGGAGCUGUUGGAGGAAAAGAGUCACAGCUCGACCCUCGAGAGGGAGAAUCGCGACCUGCAAGGUUGCUCUGCUUGGUUGGAGGAGGAGAAAAACUUACUGUCCUCCGAGGUGGGGUCCAUCUCUGCCCGAGUGGUCGAGCUGGAGGAAGAGAAGGUUGACUUGAGCUGCCAAUUGGAGGCUGAGAAGGGCGACUUGGCCCGUCUCUUGGAGGAGGCGGUUGAGACUUUCAAGGCUUCCCCCAAGUUCGCUGCGAUUGCCAUGGGACAUAUGAAUAAGCUGGUCCACAAGUGGGUCGUGACCAAGCCCGAGGGAGACUGGUGGGUUGAGAAAGCAAAGAAAUCCUUCCAAUGUGGACUCUUUCAGGCCCAGCAGGUCUUCCGCAGCAAGCUGGCCAUGCUUCCCAAGGGACUUCUCUUCCCGAUUUCGGCCUCCCAUGAUAAAUCGACACCCCAAGUGUCGUCAAUUCUGCCUCUCAUCUUCAUCAAGAUCUUCACAAUCUCUUCCCAAGUGCCUUUCUUCCAUCUAGCUGCCCCUCCCCAUUGGUGACCACAGUAGAGGUGGUUGCCGG